CAUUUACUGCUGACUAACACAUGAUUCAGAUCACAUGAUAACAGUUUUUGUCAACAAGACCGAAGAGAGUGUGACAAUGAGGAUGCUGCUACUUUUAAUUUCUCUUGCCGGUCUAGCUACCAGCACUCCACUGGUAGGAAAGAAUGAAUGUUCUUGGGGCCCUUCAUUUUGGUGCAGUCAUGCAAAGAAUGCAAAAGCCUGUGGUGCAGUACAACAUUGCUUGGAUACAGUAUGGAGCAAACAGACCAUUGCUGAAGAUCCCCAGCCCACUAGCUGUAGCCUUUGCAAAAUGGUUGUCAAGGAGACGAGGAAAAUGCUGAAAAAUAAAAAUAAAGAUAAGAUUGUUGAUUUCUUCACCAUGGCAUGUCAGUUCAUGCCAGAUGAAAACCUGAAGAAAGAAUGCAGUUUCCUUGCCUCUGACUCACAGAUUUUGAUCAAGCUUUUGGAGAGUAAAAUUUCCGAGGGUCAACUGUGUGCCGCCGUCAAGCAGUGCAAAGGUUUUGAAGACAGAACCCAUGAGCUUCCUCCAAAAGUCCCUGAGCUGCCCGGAAACACAACAAAGAUCUGUGUGGACUGUGUUGCGUUUUUUGGUGAUAUCAAACAGAUGAUAUCUGACAAUGCUACAGUUGAGCAGGUAAAGGAUAUGUUAAAGAAUGUGGUGUGUACACAGCUGUCAUCUUCAGAAGGUCUGUGUGAUUUUAUCGUUGAUGAGCUAGUCCCAGAACUUUUGCAAGUGCUUGGUGGAGAGGUGGAGCCCCAGGUUCUUUGCAACAUGCUUGGUUUCUGCCAAGGAACAAACAUUUACAAGGCACUGGUCUCAAGAAUUCAGUAUAGGACAGAUUUGAAAAAAAUUAAUAAGGCUAAGAUUGGUGGGGUAGAAGAAUGUGACAUGUGUAAGGAGGUCAUGACAAAGGUCAGGGAUAUGGAUCGUGAUCCCGCUAACCAGGAAAAGGUUAAAAAUUUUAUCAAGACAGAAUUAUGUGAGAAACUAGGAGCAGUAGCAAAUGAGUGCAAGACAGCAGUGGAUGAGUAUGGGGGUAUCAUCUUUGAGCUGAUUGCCAGUGAACUGGACCCCACAACAGUAUGUACCAUGCUGGGAUUCUGUAAGUCUGCUUCAUAUGUUGCUGCCAAACCAAUCUUGCCAGGAGUACAGGUGAAACCAAAAGUGGAAGCACAGGCAAAACCAAAAGCAGGGGAGUUGUGUGAUUUGUGCCAGAUAGUAAUCAAUGAGCUGGAUUCAAUGAUCACCAAAAAUUCAACCACGCAAGAGAUAGAACAAGCCUUGGCUGCUGUAUGUGACCGUCUCCCAGCCCAAUUCAAAGAUGCAUGCAGUGACCUUGUGAAGCAGUAUGCUCCAGCUAUUCUAGAUAUUAUUGGACAAGAGUUAGACCCCCUUAGAGUCUGCACACUCCUUAAACUGUGUACAUCUGAGUCCAAGAGACUGGACAUUAAGAAACCAGAACAACCUCUCCAUUCAACAACAGAGUGUGUGUUGUGUGAGAUGGUUAUGAAGGAAAUAGACACCAUACUUCAGGGAAGCCAGGUCAAAGAGGAUAUUGAGAAUGCCUUAAAGUCUGUGUGUAAUCGUCUGUCAUCUGCUGAAUUAACUAAAGAAUGCACCAGCUUUGUCAUGCAGUACACAGAAAUGUUGGUGGACUUGUUGGUCAAGAUGCCUCCUAAGGAAGUCUGCACCACUCUGGGCCUGUGUACUGCUACCAAGACACAAGUCAAACAAGAACUCCACCACGUCAAAUUGAUCUCAACAAAAAAGAAUGGUCUAUUACACCUUGACAGUACUGCCUCAAUAGAGUGUGUAGUUUGUGAAUAUGUUAUGUCAGAAUUGGAUGAUAUUUUGAAAGAGAAUCGCAGCAGACAAGCCAUUGAGAAUGCUCUCCAGACUGUGUGCUCCAAACUUCCGUACACCAUCAGUAAGGAAUGUUCAGACUUUGUGAACCAGUAUGCUAACCUUGUGAUUAAUCUUCUGAUUCAAGAGGUGGAUCCUAAGACUGUUUGUACAGAACUGAAGCUAUGCCAAGCCAGUGACAUAAAAAAUACAAAGCACCACAUAGGUCUAUUACACCUUGACAGUACUGCCUCAAUAGAGUGUGUAGUUUGUGAAUAUGUUAUGUCAGAAUUGGAUGACAUUUUGAAAGAGAAUCGCAGCAGACAAGCCAUUGAGAAUGCUCUCCAGACUGUGUGCUCCAAACUUCCGUACACCAUCAGUAAGGAAUGUUCAGACUUUGUGAACCAGUAUGCUAACCUUGUGAUUAAUCUUCUGAUUCAAGAGGUGGAUCCUAAGACUGUUUGUACAGAACUGAAGCUGUGCCAAGCAAAAAAUACAAAGGACCACAUAGCAUCAAGUGUUGAAGCAUCAGCAGAAUGUGUUCUGUGCGAAUUUAUUAUGAGAGAAGUAGACAACAUUCUUCAACAGAACCGCAGCAGACAAGCCAUUGAGAAUGCUCUGCAGAUGGUGUGCUCCAAACUUCCAUCCACAAUCAGUAAGGAAUGUUCAGACUUUGUUAACCAGUAUGCUGACCUUGUCAUUAAUUUACUGAUAAAUGAGGGAGAUCCAAAGACAGUCUGCACAGCUAUUAAACUCUGCUCAAAUGACCUGAAGAAGGCACUUCUUGAUUCCAUGCAAUUCCUUCCCAUCCCCGGUCAAGUUGCUGGUGUACAGCUGGGAGAUGAGAAAUGUGAAGUCUGUGAGAUGAUUUUGAACUAUUUGGAUGAAGCUUUGAAGGAAAACAAAACAGUUGCUGCUGUUGAGGCUCUGCUAGAUCAAGUCUGUAACUUCCUGCCCACUACAUUUAAAGAAGAGUGCGACACACUGGUGGCUCAGUACGGACCUGUCAUUGCUCAGCUGAUUUCUCAGCUCAUAGAUCCCAAAAAGAUUUGUGAGGAGAUAAAACUGUGCCCUUCUAAAUCUCACAUGAAACAGUCACCCAUCUACCAUCUGAUGAAGAAACUGAAACCUGCCCCCAAAGACACCAAGUUGUACUUUAAAAGUAAACAACAUCUACUGGGUGAGAAAGAGUGCACAUUUGGACCAGCUUACUGGUGUGCCAGCCCUGAAAAUGCCAAGAAGUGUCAGGCUGAGGAACAUUGCAGAACUAAAGUAUGGAAUCGCAAUUAAGGCAAAUGAACGAGACGUAUGGACAAGAUGAGAUUAAUAGAAGAUUUUGCAAGUAAAGAUCGGAAAUCAUAACCAUUUUAAAAUCCAUGUAAUGGUUGAAGAUGUGAUAUCAUUUUGUGAUUGCCAUUUUGUGUAUAUAUGUUCUUGUAGAUUCAUAAUAUUUUCUAAGAAACCAGUACAUAGUGCACUUUUUCAUUGUUUGUAUUUUAUUGGAGUGAAUUGUUAUUACAUGUAUUGAGUUCAGUUUACUGUACUGUAAAGGUAUAUAUACAGCACUGUAAGGUAAAUAUACAGGAUUAUUAAUAUACAGCAUUCCAAAGAUUACAUACACAACUUCCAUCAUAAAUAGAAGACAGUGAACCAUUGUGGAAAAAAAAAUUUUACUGAAAAACCGGGUAGACUGAUGAUAUAUCAUAUAUAGCCAUCUGAACAUGAAAUUAUUGUACAAAAUAAUUUUUUUUCUUUUGACAGUAAAGGUUUAUAUUUUUUUGUUAUCACAGAUAUUUUAAUAUCAGAAUAUUGAUAGUAUUGAGUAAAUGAUUGUAUAUUUUACCCCAGUUUCUUCAAAUGAUGUUGAGUCAAUGUGCUGUGAACGAUUCUGAAUUCACCCUCUUCAUUCAUCUGUGAAAUACAUGUAUACCAGUAUAAUGGGUAAUUUUGGCAUUGUCCAAUUUUUGGCAUAAUUUUGCAGAUCAAUGAACUAAUAAGAUUUAAUUUUAUUUAACCAGAAAAUUAAAUUGAGAGUGUUAAAUUGCUUUUUAGUAAAUCAUGAAUAUUUCAAAUCAGAAAUUACCCAUUAACAAAGAGUGUGAAAUGUUUAUCUAAAUCUAGUUUGCCAUUUUAUUGCUUUAAUAUUGUAUCCCAUCUCUUUCAAAUCUGCAUAAAUUUUUAUUUAUAUGAAUAUUCUGAUACCAUUCUUUCAUCAGUUGUAUAUAUGAGUGCUAUUAAAAAGGGCAGGUACCCUUAUUAUAUUGAAUAGAAUUGCUGAACAAUUGAAAAAAAAUAUGAUAAUCCCUAAUUGUAAUUAUUAACCAUUAUUUUCAGUAUAUUGAUGAAGUUAUACAUGUACUAAUUUUUUAUCAUCUAUAUCUGUGUAUUUAGUGCCUAUUGAAACUUUAUAAUGAUUUCAGGAUCUGUCUUACAUUCCAAUUACUGGUAAUACAAGAUAUUGACAAGAUUAUGAUCUGAAUUGUAGACAUGUUUUUCAAAAGUUUUACUAAAUUUGCAUUGCAACCCUUAAACGAUUUACCGUUUACUGAGACAAAUUCAGGUACUAAUGUUGAAUGUUGUUCUAAAUUUCAAAUUGUUUUAGCAUAAAAUCUUCACUAUUAAAUCUUUUAAGUUUUAA